GCUCUAAGCACACUUAAUUUACAGUACAUUUUUCGAAUAAAGCACUUUAAACAAGAUGAAGACUUCAUCGAAAUUUAUUGUUUUAAUUCAAUUUUUGUGUAUUACAUGCAUUGCAUCUCGAAGUAAUAAUUAUUUUGGGUAUGUUAAAGUAGACAGUGAACGUUCAAGUACUAAACUUUAUUCAGUUUCUCCUAUGGAAGAAAGAUUCAAAAGUAUAGUCGGAAAUUUUGUUAAUAAGAAAUCUGAACAAAUAACAAAGAAUGAAAUUUUGAGAACUGUUCAAUUAAAAAAUGCUGAAACUGAACUUAGAAAAUUGGAUGAAGCUACUAAAGAGACAUUUAAUAAAAUGGAAAGAGCAUUAGAUGACUUUGAGAAAUUAAAAAGCGAUGAGGAGAUUUUAAAAGUCAUAGAAAAAUCAAAAGACAUGCAACUAGAAAUUUUGGAUCACGAAAAUAAAUAUCUUGAAAAGAUUUUGAAUGAAGCUCUUAAUAAUACAUCAGAAACUAUAAUUAAAAGUGAAUAUAAUUCAACAAAAAAGGCUGAAUUUUUAAAUGCAAAGUUGUUGAUUUACAGUGAAUUAUCUAAUAAUCUAAGCUUAAUUGGUGACAAAGGGUAUCAAAUAGACCAAAUCACCAAAAUGAAGCUUGAUUUGGGCGAUGAAUUUAUUUCAAAUAUUUUUGAAUACCAUAGAUUAGUCGACACAUUUACCUUAAUUGAUGAUUUUAAAAAAGUUUUUAAUGAUUCUUUAAGUAAAUGGGAAAAAGUGCAAGAAAAUUUGAAAAAUAUAAGUCAAGAUUUAUUUGAUGAUUUGCCAGUGUUCUCAACCUUAAACUUCAAAGAAAUCGAGCCAAAACGUGGUGAACUCGUGCACGAUAUCAACAAUCCUAACUUUAAUGAUGAAAAGCUAGCUAAUACUUUGAUGGACAAAAUUAUAAAAAAUAUUAAAGAAGAACUUAUGUCAAAUGUCAAAUGGGUGACAACUUAUGAAAAAACUAUAUUGCUUCCUGAAAAUGCUGUUGAGGGAGGAAUUGACGAUGAAAAUAACAAAUUUUAUGUCAUUCGUAAAGAACAAAAACAUAAUUAUUAUUACGGAAAAUAUGUCAGAUCGGAGACUAGAAUGAAUGCCUACAUUACCAAUGAAACUGAAGAUAUAGGAAUAGAAACCUUUGAGGCAAGCAUUAUUUUACUUAUUUAUUUAUUUUUAAAUAUUUUUUAAUUUUUUAAUAGAUUUUAACAUCCCCAAGACAUGUUUGGUGCAGCUAUGAUAAAAGUAAGCACAAAUACUAUAUGACGCUUCCAGUUUGUAGAGCUGAAUAUUAUGGUUCAUUGAUUCCUGGAACACUUGAAAAGAAUGGAAACUGCAGGUUUGGUUUUGGCGGUGAAGUUGAGCGAAUUACGAAUGGACAAUUUGAAGUUCUACAAAUUUAUGAGUGUUAGAGAUUAUUUUUUAAAUGACACUAGUUUUUGGUAAUAAAACAUAAUAAAACUCAAUAAUUUUGCAUUUUAUUGUGUUAAAGAGUCAUUACUGUGGCUUGAACCUGAUCACUAGAAUCAAUAGUAAAACAAAUUUACUCACAGGCUUUAGAAUUCUAUAGAAAUUAAUACUUUUUCUUAUUAAUAAUAAAUAUUUACUAUAAAACUUGCAAAGAUAGAAAAUAUGAUGCAAGGAGAAGUUGUAUUUACUGAUACAACAAUGUUAAAAUACUACGCAUUCCUCAUGUAUUGAUAAUGAUAAUCAUCAUAAAAUAAAAUAUAUAUUCAGACUAAUGAUAGACAGUUCUGCUCGAUUCUUCAAACGUUAAACACACAAAAUUGAUUGUGAUGAAGAAAUUAAAAUGUUUGUAUUUUAUAAUCCUCGUAAUUUUUUCUGUGAGUAAUGGUGAAACAUUUGCUGAUGACGGUACUAUGGAUUAUGAUGAUGAAGGUGCAACAAUAAUUACAUUCGAAAAUACAACAACCGAAAUAAAUACUUUAAUGUCAACAACGUCAGCGAAUUCUGAAUUAUCAACAUCAACAAUAAAGAAUUUAGAAGAGAAUAGUCACGAAAUGAAUGUAAGUCAAACCUUAUCAAUAUUUUCAUUGAAAAAUAUAGAAUCAAAGUUCAACGAUUUGAUUGUUAAACUUGACCAUGAACAAGUUAUUUAUUUAAAUGACACAAAAAAUUCCUCUAAAAUUCAUGAGAAAGAAUACAAAAGUAUUAUAAAGAGUCAAAUUCAAAUGAUUACAACUGUAUUUGAAGAAUUUGAUGAACAUUUUAAUGAGUAUGAAAAAAUCAAAAAUGAAAUGGAAGAAAAAAUGCAAUUAAUUCGAGAAAAUUAUAUCCGUGAAAUAUUUGCAAUAGAAAUAAAGUGGAUAAAUGAUCAAAUUGCUUUUUAUAAAGAAUAUGAUAAAGUGGUCAAUAAAAAACAGAUGUAUGCAACAUUGCAAAAGCUUUACACAGCAGAAAACAGUACUGAGAAACUUAUUAAAGUUAAUAAUGAUUUUGAUGAAGUUGAAAGAAAAUUGCAAAAUGAUUCAAUAUAUUUGGAGGAAAACCAUCAAAACUAUUUGAAUUUAACUGAUCAAGCUGAAUUAAAGAUGACUAAUGAUCUAUCAGAACUACUUAAUGACACUAAGUAUGAUGAAGUUUCAAAGAAAUUUGAAGAUCUUCUUAAGAUGAAGAAGAAGAUUGAAAAUCUAUUAAAAUUUUGCACUGAUUAUUCAGCUUAUUCAAAUAUUCUUUUAUCAGAAUUUACAAAAAAUCUGAUUGAUUUAAACUCACAAUUAGUAAUGAGCAAGAUUAUGCCAAGUGAUAAUGAAAUUGUACAGUUUGCUUCAAAACAUUCUUAUGUUCCCCUUACUAAAAUCUCUCGGAGUUCAGACAUGACAAAUUAUAAAUGGGUUCAAGCAUACCAAGGGAAUACACGCUUAUCAGAAAAUUCUGUUGUUGGAGGUCAAGAUGUCGAUGGUGUUCCUUUUUAUGUUGCUCGCAUUAAAGACUAUAAAUCAUAUUUAUAUGGAAAGUUUGCCUUUUCAUUGGGCAGAAGACAUGCUUAUUUCCCCUAUGAAUAUGUUGAGUAUGGAGUUGAAAAGUUUGAGAUUUUAACAUCUCCAAAUUACAUUUGGUGUGAAUUUGACAAGAAUAAAAACUAUGAUGAACUUCCUAUUUGUAGAGCUGAGCAUAAUUUAUCAGUAAUACCAGGAACUCUUGAGAAAAAUGGAAUUUGCAGAAUCGGAUAUAAUUUUAAAGUUUAUAGAUAUUCAGUUGGAAAUUUUAAAGUUUUAAGGAUUGGUGGUUGUUAAAAGUCAAAUUUUAAUACUGUUUAAAAAUGUAUAAAAAACUUAAAUUAUUUUUUUAAAAAUAAAUCCUCACGCAUUAUAAAAUCUCGAAUGAAAUGUUGAAUUGAGAAUGGAAGAAUAUUAAAAACUGAUAUAAUUAAACCAUAAUACAUUGGAAUUGUGACAAAUGACUGCCUGUUAAUGAUUGCUUUGAUAAUGGUUUCCGCGCAUUUAUCAGCGGAAAAAAUUAAGGUUCUAAAAAAGAUUUAAAUUAAUAAAAUAUUUGGAAAAAAGUAAAAAUUUUUUACCUCUUUUCAUUGACAAUAUCAAUAAUAUCUUUACGAGUGGACAUUACAUUUGGUAAUAUGCAUGUUGUGUCAAUGCCUUUUAAUUGUUGUCGUCUUAAAAAUUCUUUCAAUCCUAACAUGAAGCCAGUUACGGCAAACUUUGAAGCACAGUAGUUCAAUGAAUAUGGAAAGGCAUAAAUUCCUUGCGUUGAAGAAAUCGUCACAAUAUGACCAGUGCCAUUUUCAAUCAUUUUUUCAAUAAAACAUUUUGUCAUCUG